UCUACUGUUAAUCUUUUUUGUACAUUUAAUAUGUUACACAACCCUCUUGGGCCUUUUUUAGCCUACUAGAGGAUCUUUCAUACGACCCUGUACCGGAUGCGGCCUGCAGACGAGCCGCCGGCAGCGGCAGUCACUUAUCGAGCAACUCCCGUGUUACUGUUGCCUGCUGCGGCGGCUCGUCUACAGGCUGCAUCGGCCCUUCUAUCUCCUAUCGCUCCUUCGCCGCAGGAUCUGGUCCUGGCAUCCCGCCUUUUCUCUAGCAUACCACGACACGCCGUCGUAGCGCCCAUGUCGGCGGCGACGAUGACUCUGGUGAGCAUCAUUUUUAGUAGAAAACUUCACUCAGUCGAUUAUUGCUGAGAUCGUUUCUGCUGGAGAAGAGGCUAAAGAAAAAGAAAAGGGAAACAGUUGUCCAUUCGAACCGACGAAGCAACGAACGAUGAAGUCGCCGCUACUGCUGAAGCACACCGACCCAUCAAGAGCCAGCCAACUCGUACCGAAUUACUAGCGACGUCUUCAUGUUGGCAGUUCCGCGCGAAAUCGCCGCUAUCUCCGCCACUGCACCAAUACGCUUCGUCAUUGCGACCCAGUCCUCGCGCUCUUUUAUCGCACUGGAGAACUGCCACUCAGACGGAUACACGCAGACAGAGCAGCAGAACGACAGCACGGAGCAGAAGAGUUGAGACCAGUCACCGCAAAAGCGAGGGGCGCCACUAUUCGAAAUUGAAACGUUGCCAGUGUCCCCGUCUUCACAGCGCGCUCGUCGAUAGCUGGCCGACAGACAACAGAAGCGAAGUAAACGACAUGAUGAAGGCGACGGAUGCUGGUGCUGCAGGCGAACGGUCCACUUCAACGAGCUGACAGACCGGUACCGAAAGAUAGAAAAACACAGGAAAAGCAUACGUGAGCUCCGAGCAUAGCUUGGACCUAGUCGGGUGGAGUGCCUAACGUGCGAGUUAACGCUGCUUGACGCAGAGUUGAGUUUGUUGUUAUUGUUUGUGUCAGUGAUGCGCUGUGAUUGGUGGCGUUGUAUCUUGUCUUCGCGGCCUUCCCUGCCAGGUCCCUCUCCGGCUGCUCAGUCCGCGCGGAUAGCAGGCUAGAAGGCUUAUACGUACGCUCGUAGUAGUUCUUUCUUGAAGUUUGCUUGUCUGGUUCGACUUCGUAUGGAACGGAACAAAGAUGAUAGAACAACAGUGAAAGAGGCUAUUGCAGACGUAGAAGAACAAAAUCUCGCUCCCUCUCUAUAGUUUUCGUGAACAAAACAAAGACUGACUGAACAGAGUUUAAAACGAAGUACCUUCAAACAAUUGACGAGCACUAUUGAGAAAUUGUUAUGAAUACGUAACAGCAGGCAUUUGUUUAUCGUUUAAAUUAUGGCACACAUCGAACAAGACGCUUGUAGUGCUAUACUCCGACAUACAUUGCUCACGUUGGAUCCAUAACGUACGUACGGCCGUCUGUCUGUCUGUCUACUUGUGUCGGUGCGUUUGGCUUAAGAUGUACAUUUCAAUCACAUGCUAAGUCUACUAGUACUUUAAAUUUAUAGUUUCGUGUUAAUAAAGGGGGUGAAAAAGUUUCUCGUCUCAUGCGAUUUAGUGGGUAACCACGACUGUACAUCGUGUCCAUGGCAAAUGUGCGAAGCAUACGUCAAGUCUUGGUGAAGUAUCGAGUGCUUCCCUAAGUAAUAAUAAUACUCUGUGGUACAACCGAUUCAGCGAAGCCGCCGCGUGAAGUGAUGACCUAUACGCGUUUCAGACCGAAUCGGAGUAACCCAAACCUUGUUGUUUGCUCCUUGAGAGUGCUGUUUUUGGAUUGUUUUUGAAUUCACUUUGAUCUCGGGUGUCUAUAUAUAUAUACUAUAUAUACUAUAGUAUAUACUAUGGUGAAGUGUGUACUGUGAAUAACGUUUGCUUAUGACGACGGAUAAGCAAGAAAUGCUCACUUGAGCUGAAUGGCCAUGGGCGCAGGAAUAUCUCCAGGCACUCAAGUCGUUGUGUGCUGCACGAAUAGCGGAACUCUAUAUGCGCCGAAUGAACGUAGUAGCACAACAUCCUCAGUGCCUGCUAGAAGAGUUAACCUGCAAUGAGACGUAACCGUCGGCGAAAAGGACGAUUUGGCCAACCAUUAUAGCAACAGGUCCGCCAUGCGCAUUCCUGGCCUUCGACCUCCCGAGCUGAUCGUGUGUCCUAUACCAAUCUUUGUGAUGGCUGCCGUUCUGCUCGAGCGUACUACGCCGGCAUUAGCGCGGUUCUGGGGUACCCCGAAUUUUUAUUCGACCCGUACCACGAUUGUACACCUUGACCAGUGGCUCUACGAAGACGUUGGAAGGGAAUGCGCCGAACACCUUAACAGGGCGCAGGUUGCUGCAGUCCUUGUGUCAGCACCAAAUGACCACGCAUUUAAGACGGGCCGCGCCCUCGAUGGAGUGCUUCAAUAUCGUGAUUAUACAGAAAGGUAUCAACCUGUAUCAUUCACGAAAUUGGAUAGCGCUAGCGGCACAUUCGGCCAGUUCAAACGUAUGGCGCGAACCUGCAACGACAAUAAUAUUCGGGUGUACGUGGACGUUGUAUUGGGUCACACGACGUCUAACGUUUCUCGGGAAAGUUACGCGCACACAGCUUUUGAUGGAAAGAACCUACACUUUAAAGACUUCAAAGCGGGCGACUUUAUUCCCUCAGGGCGAUGCCCCACGCCGUCUGGAAAUGUCGAGGAUUACAGCGAUCAGACGCAGCUUCUCUGGUGUCGUGAGCGCGGAUGGCUCCGCCUAGACCUAGGCUCUGAUAACGUGCAAAACGUACUCGGGGCCUAUUUGCAACGUCUUCAGUUAGCGGGUGUAACAGGAUUCAGAGUCGCGUACGCUGACAGACUUGACGUCUACGAUCUUGAGCGAGUCCUGGACAGACUUCUCCCGUCAACAACGAUCCAUAAUCCUCAGCCGUUAACUCCAUUUAUAAUUAUUGACGCUCCUUUGGCGUCACAGGAUCGACUGCAGAGUCUAUCUUCGCUUGGAGCGCUUGUUAACUCUACUCUUGCAAAAAGCAUUGAGCGUAUCCUACGUAGACGCGAUACCUGGCGGACAUUCAGUGAUGACGUGCAGUUAUGGAAACCUUUGCCAGAUAAGGUGUUUGCCCUUCCGCGCCACACACGAGCCCUUGCUCGGGAGGAUCUCACAGAGAACUUUUGGCAAAGAGUAGCCAUACAUAUGGUAACAAUGUUCCUGCCACGAGGCAUUCCUGUUAUCUACUCAGGAUGGGCACUUGAAAAACCCCCCGCGCUGGGAAUUAAUCCUGCAGAACUGGGCCCUCCAUCGUCAACUGAUUUUGAUACGCUGCCUGUCGUUUCGAAAAAGGAUGGAUCGUGUUCCGGUGGGUGGGAGUGCAUACAUCGUUUAGGGGCGCUAUCCAGAAUUCCUCAAUGGCGAAACGUGGCCGGGACAAGUUCUGCCAUGAACGUUCGGCUGGACGACGAUGAUACGAUAAUAUCGUUUGCGAGAAAAGGAAGAUCAUUUGUAGCAUUAGCCACUGGCGAGAAGGCUGCCCGAGGGGACUUUAAUACCACCCUACGAGAAGGCUUCUACUGCGAUAUCAUAUCCGGCGAGCGAUUUUUCGAGACGACCUGUACUGGUGAUACGUACCGCGUCUAUGACAAUCACUUUGUGAAUAUUCUCGGUGAAUCCCGCAUCCAUCGCUCACGGAGGCUACCUAUUAUGGCAUUCCAUGAAGAGGUUCUUCGGCACCGGAACAAUCUAGAGCAACUUACUUAAGGGAUCAGCCCUCAAAAAUGCACCUAGUGGAUAAGAAGUGAUCAAUGAAACAUCGUGGAGCUUUGAUUUGUUGUCAGUUCGCUGGAGCGCACCUCAGAGACACCAAACGGAACCGUAAAGACACAAGUCUGGUAUAGCGAUACUCAUUCAAUGUGUAAAUAAAACACAGCCAGAAAUGUCAGCCGUACGUACUUUCAUCCCACGCGCGCCCAUCACGGGCUCUUUGCUGGAUAUGGAAAUAAGAUAAUAACCGACGUCAGAGCUUUAUCUCUGCGGCGUUGGCAAUGGUGGGCGGAAUUGCGCAAGCGCGAUCCCGUAGAACGCCACGAACUCAACAAGCCAACGUGGGAGACAGUGGUAAACAAAUGACACGGCAGCGGGACGUAGGAAACCUCCCUAAUGGUAUUUAAACUGUAAAAAGGUUCUCAUAAGGUCAGUCUUCCUAAAUUCGACCAAAGCACGCAUGUGACGACCUUCCAGUUCUCCGCAUAAUAAACGAGGUAUUUUUCUUCAAGAGAGACAUUUUCCUGAAUUGAUUACCGACAAGUCGAGGGAAAAUGAGAUAGACAAAAGUAAAAUCAUGCCGAGCCUUAUUGCGUGUAGAGAGGUUUUCCAUGGUAAGGAUAUAUAAAACAGUUCUAACGGAACGAUAUACAAAGUAUGUAAAUCAAUCAGCUUCUAGGCUCCAAUUCUAGACUACGUAACAUAUUUUUAUUCAGGUUCAGUUUUUAUAUAUAAUUUUAGUAUCAGCGGCAUGUUUACAGAGUUGUCUUCUACAUUUUAAUUUUCAUUCUGUAAAAUAAGAUCAUCAGUCUCCUGAACGUUGCAUCUUUGUUUGUAGUUGCGUGGCGUGAAAGGCAAUAGUUACGACCAUACGGCGCAGUUAACUCUGACAUAUCGCCCUUACAAGUUAGUUACUGGCGAACUUACCCAAAUUUACCUUGGGAUACCCCAGCUUCAAUUUUUUUAGGUCACUCUCCCAAUGCCAGAGGUGAACGAUUAUAGACUGGAACAUCUCUAACCGAAUUUCUCACAGUAAACUUCAAACUUGGGACAUUUUGUUUGGCCACUGCCAUGCGGUAAUAGUCAUUGCUAUGAUACUGGCAAGAUACUGUGAAGUGGAAAGACCCUGUUACCGUAUGCUUAGGAUAUCCAAUCGACAAGCUCUUUCAUAAUGUGAAAGAGCAAAUAAUUUAGCAAUACAUUCAAUAAGGAGGUGUCAUACAGCCAACAAAUGCUUUAAUGCCCUGCUGUGUAUGGUCGAUGGCCUUAUAGAUACAAAUUCCCGCGUGUCCAAAAUAUCCACACAGAGUAUAAAUAGGGCAAGUGUGUAUACAGAAUGUUAUCAGACUAAAUGAUUACCUAUGCGAUUGUCCGGUACGUUUUUUGUUCGUCUGUAUGUAUGUAUGUCCAUCAAUAUACUUCGGUACCAGAGUAUCCGAUAAGAUGAGCACGCAGGAUAUCGCAUAACUCGGGAAGAACUGAUCUGGGUUAAGGGCUAAAGAUGUAUGUGAACCGCUCCACUGUUCAGUGUGAUGUAGUUCGCUGAGGCAAGCAGCGGAUGACGGAUCCCGGAAAAAAUUGCCAAUUUGUUUACAGAUCUGUAUUAUUCAGUACUAUUCGGUUAACGGCACGUUCGCCGCUUUCAUAUAGUAAGAGUCGUCUACGAAUCCUAUAUAAACCCAUACAGGGUGCCAGGUAUAUAAUACAUACAUUUAACACCCUUCAUUUUUUUUGCUGUUACAA